UUUACAGUUUCGGUGCGGCAUUUGUUCAUUGUGGUCUUUAAUGUUUGUUGACCCAGCUCUCAGUCAGACCUUCAAUUACUUUAUCGCCAUUGAGGUGAACGUCUCCGAUAUCAGUGUGGUGAAUCAGCUGAGGAGCCUUUUGAAUUACGUACAGUUCCCCUAUAUGAUAAGCAAUACGAUUGAAAUCGACUCUGCGAACUUAACAACUGUGUGCUCUCCAAACGGAACUGGAUACCAGUGCAAAUGCGAGGACCAGCUAGCAUGGUCGUACAACACCUGCCUUACAUACACAUCCUGCGGUAAUGACUACAACAAUUACUCGUGCGGAUGCAUCAAUGGCUUGCCACCUGACGGAGAGUCCUGCGGGUACAUACAGCCUACCAUCCCGCCUUCUCCACCCUCUUCUGCUACACCUACACCUACACCAAGCUCUCCAACAACAGAAAACUCUACAGAAACAAAUUCUACCACCCUGUCUCCUCCACCCUCUUCUCCUACACCUACACCAAGCUCUCCAACAACAGAAAACUCUACAGAAACAAAUUCUACCACCCUGUCUCCUCCACCCUCUUCUCCUACACCUACACCAAGCUUUCCAACAACAGAAAACUCUACAGAAACAAAUUCUACCACCCUGUCUCCUCCACCCUCUUCUCCUACACCUACACCAAGCUCUCCAACAACAGAAAACUCUACAGAAGCAAAUUCUACCACCCUGUCUCCUCCACCCUCUUCUCCUACACCUACACCAAGCUCUCCAACAACAGAAAACUCUACAGAAGCAAAUUCUACCAUUCCACCUCCUACACCCUCUUCUGCUACACCUACACCAAGUCCUACAACAACGGAAAUCUCUACAGAAACAACUACUCCUCCAACAACAUCCAGUGCAGUAACCCCUAAAUUUCAAGUGGAGAUGUCAUUUAAAAUCUUGGAUACUUUCACUACUGACUUACUAGAUCCAACAUCAGUAAAAUAUAUAAAAUUCAAAGAUGACAUUCAGAAUGCACUCACAGCAAAUUACCAAUAUUUACCAGGGUUCCUUAGCGUAAUUGUCACUGGAUUCAGGGCCGGCAGUGUGAUCACAGAUUUUGUGGUGAAUACAAACAAUGUGAGCGAUGCAGCAAUUGUAGCAGCAAACACCCAAAUCGUAAAGGAUCUUAAGAUCAAGGAUUACAUCAUUGAUCCAAAUUCCUUCCAAGCACUUAUUAAUGGAACGGAACCCUUCAGUAUAACCCCUUCUCCUGUAUUAUCUGGCAACGUUAUGCAGAUGAAUUGCUCUCCACCAGACGCAAUGUCAGUUCAGUCUGUGACAUGGAAAUUUAAUAACAGUCCACUGCCAAAUUCUGGAAGAUACACAAUCAUCAAUCAGCCACCAACACUUGUGGUCCUGAAUGUGAAAACUGAUGACAGUGGAGUCUAUUCGUGUGUUGUGACGGACAAUAUUCUGACGUAUACCCACCAACAAGUCAUUACUAUUCAACCACAGCCACCAAUAAUAAACCUGCCCCUUUCACAAAUUUAUGUGCGCUGUGGCAAUCAGAACAUACCCAUGAAAUGCUGUGUGACGUACAGCACUCCUGGAACACUACAGAUAAAUUGGCUGGAUAAUAGUGGAAACCAACUGCCAUCUUCAUCCGAUGUAAUGCUGUCUAUCAACGAAAGAUGCAUUACAUAUACAUUGCCUGUUACACAACAAAAUUGUGCAAAUAAAAAGUUUACUUGCCAGGUUAUGAAUGGAAAAAUAAAUAUGACAGCAGUGGCUCAACUGAACUUUUUAGCCGCAGGUGCACUGCUGACCUGUAAUGACCCACUAUAUGGCAAUGGAACAGACGGAAGCGUAGCUGUUGUAGGUUGCCCUCAGAAUUUUGAAGGCAACCUAACUGCAACAUGUAUUAAUAAACAGUGGCAAGUAGCUGACAACUGUGUUCUGAGUGUCAUCAAGCAGAUAGCAACCGAGUCGGAGAAUUUGACGGCUCUUAUGGUUCCAGGAAUUGCAACCCAGCUAGCAAAUGCUGUACAAAGUAAUCGACAACAAAUACAGGAUUCACCUGCAACAGUCUCUGCAGUUGUGAAUAUUCUCAACAAAAUUGCAGAAGUUUCUAAAAACGUUACCGAAGACGUGAUACAAAAUGUGCUGGAGACUGUAAAUAUUUUAGUGUCUCCAAACACAACCAAAACCUGGAGUACAUUAAACAACAACAACGAGAAUAAAAACACGAGCGCAAGAUUACUGGGAUCCAUGGAAACCAUUUCAGGCUCUCUGGCACAAGACUACAUCUCGAUAAAUAAGGAGAACCUCAACUUACAGAAAACUCUAUUUUCACGAAACUUUAGCACAGAUCUGAACUCAUCUCAUAUAUUAAUCCCAGAUACAGGUUCUCCCAAUGUCACAGCAAUCACGACCAUUGUCUUCACGACUAUGAACAUUGUCUUACCAGCAAGAAACAGCACUGAGACCGCAAAUACUACAAACAACACAAACGUAAUCAACGGAAUUGUGAUGUUAGUGAAGUCAGACACCAUAGUUAAAAACGUGUCCAUUAGUUUUAACAAACAAAAUACAAGUCUGGGCAAUCCACAGUGUGUCUUUUGGAACUUCACACUCUUUGGCGAAGCUGGGGGCUGGGACAGCUCAGGCUGCACGGUACUGGAUGACAAGAAUGACAGCAUCACAUGUUCCUGCAAUCACCUCACUUCUUUCUCCAUUUUAAUGUCACCAUUCAUACCUGAAGCAAUAAGGAUUCUUCUCGAUUUCAUCACUUACAUUGGAGUGAGCAUAUCAUUGCUCAGUCUGGUCUUAUGCCUGAUUAUUGAAGCAUUUGUGUGGACUGUAGUGACCAAGAACAGCACAGCAUACAUGCGCCAUGUCUCCAUAGUGAACAUAGCUGUGUCGCUGCUCAUGGCCGAUAUAUGGUUCAUGGUUGGAGCGGGGAUAUCUGAUAUUGGUCAUUCAACGCCUGUGGGUUCUUGUACUGCAGCCACCUUCUUUACUCACUUUUUCUACCUCGCCCUAUUCUUCUGGAUGCUCAUCUCAGCUCUCCUGCUCUUGUACCGUAUGGUCAUGGUGUUCUCCGACAUGUCAAAGUGCGCCAUGAUGUCGAUUGCCUUCACAGUAGGGUAUGGAGCACCCCUUAUUAUUGCUGUGAUAACGAUCGCUGUCACCGCACCGCAGCACGGCUACUUCAGGCAGGACAGUGCUUGCUGGCUCAACUGGGCCCAGACCAAGGCCCUCCUGGCUUUUGUGAUCCCAGCCUUGACCAUUGUUGCAAUCAACCUCCUCAUCCUGAUUGUGGUUCUGGUCAAGAUUCUCAUGAGGGGUGUGGGUGAGAACCGGCAGCCUGAAGAGAAGAAUGCCUUGGUGGUUGUCGCCAGGUGUGUUGUCAUUCUGACGCCCCUCUUCGGUCUCACCUGGGGCUUUGGGAUUGGCACAAUGGUGGCACCGGAAAGUGUUGGAUUCCACGUGGUUUUUGCAGUUCUCAACUCAUUCCAGGGCUUGUUUAUUCUAAUAUUUGGAACACUUCUAGACAGCAGGGUUCGAGCAGCAAUUGUAGGAAGAUUUUCAUUUGUGCAUACUCUCUCUGGACGUACAAGGACUUCCAGUGGGGGUGCAUCCUCAUCCAGCAGGUUCUCACGCUUCAGAAGGGAAAGAAGAAAUGCAUACAAUGUGUCAGAUGUUGCAGCCUCAAGUCAGUCUGGUGCUUCUGAGUCUUUUAUCAACAUUUAGUCUCUUCAAUUGUGUAUUUCUGAUAUGCUUUUCUAAAAUGAGGCUUAGUAGAAAACCCUUCCAAGUGUAAAAUAACUUGAUCAGGUGUUUAUUUACUGCUAUAUGUAUUUUCUUUUCUUCAGCUGAUAAG